UAUCAAUUUGAUUUUGAUUAUAUACACAGUCCUAUCCACUCUUCCCGCUACAACGCGUGAAUUAACUACCCCUUGCGUCCUGACUCUGGGAAUCUUAAAUCGGCUCACUACCUCCGCGUCGUGACUCUCUAGUGCGACCAGUGGCGUGCUGCUGUCGUCCCCCCUCUGCGCCCGGACGCCGUGCCGUGGGGUGUUUGUGGUGUGUCGUCUGUCGUCGUCGUCACCCCGUUUCAAGACACGACCCCCUACGUCCACGGCGGUCGCAACCUUAAGAAACAAAUCAGCCCCCAUCCUAUCAUUCCUUCGCGCCCGGGUUACCACUCAACUCAUCCUUCCCGUUUCAUAAACACUCAAUCCUGGAUCCCUCUCGAGGUGUUUACGCCUUCAUGCCAGUAACCAGCCCUACGACCCGCGCGCGUGUCUGCCGAUCCUGCGCAACGCGACAAUUCCCUCUCCCGGUUCUCGCGAUCGUCGCGCGUGCGACGGGAUGGCUGCAAGCAUAUCAUUAUCGCUUCCAUCAUUCUAAAUCCUCGUCUAUGUCGUCUGUCUUGCGCAUUGCAACUCCAUCGCAGUUCAAUCGUGCCUAGCAUCGCGAUCUCGCGGGCGCCAGCCUCUCCGCAGCCACCCGCCCGACGGCCCGCUGCCACACACCUGCACCCACCACCCCCGCGCUUCUCGUAUUCAGCUGCUGACGGCACAGUGAUCUGCGGAUGGGUGUGUUUGUGAAGCUAAGUGUUUACUAUCGUGACCUUGGUGAGGGUUGCUGGGGCUGUAGGUGAGGGGGGUAGGUUUAGAACUUGUUACGGGUGAAGCUACGUAGAUGUGUAAGAAGGUACUUAGUAGUUUCGGUUUGGUAUUGUGUACCGGGUAUUUCAUGAUGUCGCUACUCCGUAUAGGGUGAGAGACGGUUGAGAGAGGGUCAUGUGACUU